GCGGGGGAGAUUUUCGCUCAGGGGUUGUCACGUUUGUGGCGGUAUGAAGCAGCCAAAGUUGAGAGAGGGAAAGAAGGGGGCGGCGGUGGGAAGGGACCGAGUGAUUAAGUGCCUCUCCUCCGCCCCAGCGCUGAGGGAGCCAGGAAGGAGCGUGAGCGGUUGUGUAACGCCGGUUCCCGCCGUCAUCAGUGGGUCAGUCGCUCAGGAGAGGGAAAGCCUCCGUCAGGGUAAGUAGGUAAGUAGCGAAACUGUUCCUCCGGCGGACCUUUCUGCAUGCAUCCACACUGGGGAAAUAACCCGGUUUGGCAGCGCUUUAACGCUUUGUCUGGCUCUUCGCUAUGGAAUUCUGGGAGUUGGAGUUUGUUGCCCUGUCCUACAUUUCUGCCUUUCCUAAGUGUCCUCCAUUUGGAGCCAAGGAGCAUGGACUCCCAGGGACAGGAGUGUUCUGAGCGCAGGGUGGCUACGAAGCAUGGGUCUGUUUAUAUCGGCGCCAGUGUUUUAGGCUCCUUUUCCUGCGCAUGCCCUACACUUUCACCUUCUCUCUGGGAGGAGUUGCCUUUCGCAGCCAAGGGGCAUGUAUUUACAUUUAUGCCAGUCUUCCAUUUCGCAAUGCCCUACAUUUUCCAGUGCCUGUCCUCCUUUGCGGUGAUGACAUCUGGUCACCCUGAACAGAAGAGCGGCUUGCGGGAUGUUACUCUGACUGUUCACCAUCAGCUUCGUUAUACAGUUCAGUCCUUUGGAUAUUGAGGUUACGCACAUGGUGCAGAUGGCAGAAUCCAAACCAAUGAAGUCAAAUUACAGAAAGGAGAUUAUGGUUGCCAUCCUAGCCAAAAUCCAAUUGCUAGUUUGAGCCAGAGUUAGCCCACUGAACUAACUGCUGAAUAGUAAGUCAACAAUUGAGUGUAUUCUUGCUGGGACUAGCUGACAGUUUAGGCGUGGGAAUUGCAGUCUAAAGCUUAGCUAUAUGCACUCUGCUGAAACUGUUGCUAAACAGCUGUAGCAACUAAAGAGUUGAUUGAUUAGACAGUGUGAAGAUAAAUUGUUUUCUCUCUCACAGAGUCAACAAACACACCAGAUACGAUGAGUCCUGAAAUGCAAUGUCUCAUUGGGUGCUUAAUAAAAUCAAUAUGGAUUAGAAAUUAUUUUAUAGUGUAACAUAUUUUGGGUUUCAUAUGAGUUUGAGUAUAUAACUUUAAGAUGUAAUGUUUUCCUUUUUCAUCCCUCAUAUUCCAGGGUCAGUUAAAAAUACAUGAAGAGCAUGCUUGAAAAACCCACUUAGUGGAGAACCUGAUCAGAAUACAUAAUGGUAUAAGGCAUCAAAUUUUAGUUGCCACUUGUUAACAUAAAGCUGUGUAUUAGAGGGUUGGCUCUACUGUGGCUUUCUGUAGUGAUUUUGUAUUUCAGAAAUAUUUGCAGAGAAAAUCAUUGGGGGAUCCCAGUAUUUCUCUUAUAUUUGUCCAGACUCUAAUGGCUGAGGAUUAUCAUUAGAAGAGGAAGAGGCAAAGUAUGAGUUCAUGUGGGACAUUCCGGACCUAGAUACUUCAUGCAUUUGAUGCUAGCUGGGAGGGACCAUGAUGUAAAUUCAUGCCAACCUUUCUUUUUAAAAUAUAAGUUAUUAAAUGCUGUUUGUGAGUGUGUAUAAGGGGGGAGUAAGUGCAUGAAAAAUGAAGAGAGGAUUUAAGAGUUAUCAAUAUAAUGCUUACAACAGUAAUAAAAAGAUACUGAAACAGCAAGCAAUUAUGAUGGCAAAUAAUUGUGAAUCAGCACGAUAAAGGUUUAUGAACUCAAAAGUGAAUGUGUGAAAAAUAGUGAACACUGAUAUUGCACAAAUGCGGCUUGGAAAAUACAAAACUGCUUCUGAUUUUUCAAAAUACAGAUGUUAUCUCAUUUCACUGAAGAAUUAACCUCUAAAUUCUGGAAUCUGAACUCUGGAAUAUUUUGUUGUGGCAAUUGACCUUCAAAAGUUCUCCUCAAAAUGAGUGACUAUUUGGAAAUGGCAAAUGGUAAAAUAAUGGUAGAAAGCAUGGAUAUUCAGAUGAAGAAUGAACAAAAUCUGAGUCUUCUUCAGGUAGAUGUUGAAAUGAAUGGGGGAUCAAGUGCAAAUGAUGCCAAUGAAAAUUACUCCAGUGGGCAUGAUUGCCAUAUUAGUGAGGGUGAAGAAAAUGGAAAAGAAAUGGCUAUGAUCAUGGAAUCCUUAGAAUGUUAUAAAAGCAAUGAACUGACUUCGAAAUCUAAAACUCAGAAGGAACUGAUAAAAACAUUGCAAGAAUUAAAAAGUCAUCUUCCUCCUGAUAAAAGGAUCAAAGGCAAAUCUAGUAUCCUAGCAACUCUGAAAUAUGCACUUAGAAGCAUUAAGCAAGUUAAAGCCAGUGAAGAAUAUUAUCAGUUGAUGAUGACUAAUGAGAUUUAUCCCUGUGGUCUUGAUGUAUUGUCCUAUACUGUUGAAGAUGUUGAAAACAUUACUACAGAGUACAUCAUGAAGAAUGCAGAUAUGUUUGCUGUAGCUGUUUCUUUGGCUACUGGAAAAAUUCUAUACAUCUCUGAUCAGGCUGCUUCUAUUCUUCAUUGUAAGAAGGAUUUCUUUAAAAAUGCCAGAUUUGUGGAAUUUCUGGCACCUCAGGAUGUUAGUGUGUUCUAUAGUGCUACUACUCCAUACAGAUUGCCAUCUUGGAGUAUUUGCAGUGGAGUUGAAUCUACCACACAAGAAUGCAUGGAGGAAAAAUCUUUUUUCUGCCGUAUCAGUGCAGGGAAAGAAAAUGUAAAUGAGAUCUGCUACCACCCAUUUCGUAUGACUCCAUAUCUUAUUAAAGUUCAAGAUGUUGAGGAUCAGCUUUGCUGUGUAUUGCUUGCAGAAAAGGUGCAUUCUGGUUAUGAAGCACCCAGAAUUCCUCCUAAUAAACGAGUCUUUACAACCACACAUACACCAAGUUGUUUGUUUCAAGAUGUAGAUGAAAGAGCUGUACCUCUAUUGGGAUACUUACCUCAGGACUUGAUUGGAACUCCUGUCUUAGUGCAUCUUCAUCCAAGUGAUAGACCUUUAAUGCUAGCAAUUCACAAAAAAAUACUUCAGUCUGGUGGUCAACCAUUUGAUUAUUCACCGAUCAGAUUCUGUACUAGAAAUGGUGAAUAUGUGACUCUGGAUACUAGCUGGUCUAGUUUCAUCAACCCCUGGAGUCGAAAGAUUUCCUUUAUAAUUGGAAGACACAAAGUGAGAACAGGUCCCUUGAAUGAAGAUGUAUUUGCACCUCACUGCACAGAAGAAAAAGUAAUUCAUCCUAAUGUUCAGGAGAUUACAGAACAAAUACAUCGGUUAUUAUUACAGCCUGUACAUAACAGUGGCUCUAGUGGCUAUGGAAGCUUGGGCAGCAAUGGAUCGCACGAACACCUAAUGAGUGUGGCUUCCUCCAGUGACAGCAAUGGGAACAAUAAUGAAGAUAUCCAUAGGAUACCCAGGCCUAACUCUUCCCAAGGUAUUUGCCAAGAUAGACCUGUGGCUAAAAAUACAGGAGAGCAUGUUGCCUUUGACUCCAGAUCAAAGCUUGAAAAUCAAAAAAUAUCUUAUGGAGAAAAACUCAAUGAUCAGUAUGGUCAUAUGAAAUGUGCCACUCAGUCAGCUGAAAAUGAUACUGUUGGGAUUGCUUGUCAAAGAAGCUUGGCUGGAGAAGAACUGGCCUGGAGAGAACAGCCUGUGUAUUCAUAUCAGCAGAUCAGCUGCUUAGAUAGUGUUAUCAGAUAUUUGGAAAGUUGCAGUGCAGCAGAUACCAUAAAGAAAAAGUCUCAACCUACUUCACAUGCUGUUUCACUGAAUACAGAGAUACACAGAAAGAAAAUGAAUGAUGAUAGCAUUAAAACACCCACAGAAGAAUCUGGGCGAUCAAAAACUCAUAUAGGCCCUGCAGUGUUGGAGUCUCCAAACAAAACAAAUACUUCUACUGUUGUUGGCACUCACUUAACUUCUUUGACUUUACCUGGAAAACCUGAAAGUGUUGUAUCUUUUACCAGUCAGUGCAGCUACAGCAGUACCAUAGUUCAUGUUGGAGACAAAAAAACGCAACCUGAAUUAGAAAUAACCGAAGAUGGUCCCACUGGCACAGAACCCACAGACAACCAACCUAUUGCUCCACAAUUUAGCACUUCCCAAAAGAACCAAGAGAAAGAGACAUUUAAGAAAUUAGGACUAACAAAGGAAGUCCUUGCAGUGCAUACACAAAAAGAAGAGCAGAACUUCCUGAACAAGUGCAAAGAAAUCAAAAAGUUCCAUAUUUUUCAGUUUCCUUGCAAUUACUACUUUCAAGAAAAAAACAAAAAACAUCCUGGUGAACAUGGUAUUCAUGGACUACAACAUGGCUCUGGCAUAGAUCACUCUUGGAAAAAAACUGGGAAGAACAGGAAAUCUAAGUCAAAACGACAUAAGCCACAUGAAUCUUCAGAGAGUACGAUGUCUGGUACCAAACCUCCCCACAGGUUUCCUCUUUUGGGCCCAAAUACUACAGCCUGGUCCCCAUCAGAUACUUCCCAAGCAAGUUACCCCACCAUGCCUUUUCCUGCAGUUAUGCCAGCAUUUCCACUUCCAGUUUUUCCACCUACAGGGACUAUGCCAUCAGGUCCUGAAGCUUUUCUUUCUGGUUUGAAUGAAUCACAGGAAUUGGGAAAUCAUUGUGCUUUGCCAUUAUCACAAUUUCCUGCACCACUAGUGACUCCAAUGGUAGCACUUGUACUCCCCAACUAUGUAUAUCCUCAGGUGAACCACACUGUUUCUCAAACACUUUAUCCUGACCCACCUAAAUUUUCUAGUCAGCCUUCUUUCUCUUCACAGUCUCUGCUUACAACACAGCCACCAUUCACUGCCUUAAACCCAUUCCCUCCACAGUCAGUGUUUCCAACAGAACAAUUCCAUUAUAGUGCAUCAGCAGAUAGUGAAAAGACCCCUGUUAUAGAAUCCAGAAAUGAACCAUCCCGUUCCUGUACUCCACAGUCCUUGGGUCCACAAGAUCAGGCCUCAACGACGUUAUUCCAAUCACGUUGCAGUUCUCCUCUACAGCUAAAUCUUUUGCAGUUAGAAGAAAUGCCUAAAGUGACUGAAAGUGGAACCACUGGUCCACUGGGCAGCUAUGGAACUGUAACAGAUGGAUGUAUCACUAGCAAACCCAUGAUAUCAGAAGACUAUAACAGAAAAGCAUCAUCCCCUGUUGAAUCUCCAAUGGAAGCUCAAAAUUGUGAUGCCUUCUCUGUAUCAAGUGAUUUACUUGAUAUUCUGCUUCAAGAAGAUGCAAGUUCAGGCACUGGGUCUGCUUCAUCAAGGAGUGGUGUUUCAGCUGCUGCUGAGUCUUUAGGAUCUGGUUCAAAUGGAUGUGAUAUGUCAGGCAGUGGAACAGGAAGUAGUGAGACAAGUAAUACAAGCAAAUAUUUUGGAAGCAUUGACUCCUCAGAAAAUAAUCAUAAAACAAAAGGUCCUGAAAUGGAAGAAAGUGAGCAGUUCAUUAAAUAUGUUCUCCAGGAUCCUGUUUGGCUGCUGAUGGCAAAUACAGAUGAUGCUAUUAUGAUGACUUACCAGAUACCAUCACGAAACUUGGAAGCUGUUUUAAAAGAGGACAAAGUGAAACUGAAACAGAUGCAGAAGUUUCAGCCUAAGUUUACAGAGGAUCAAAAAAGAGAGCUACUUGAAGUGCAUCCAUGGAUUCAGAUGGGUGAACUUCCUGAGACGGUUGCUAAUUCUGUGUGUAUGUAUUGUGAAGAAAACGUUAAUAGCAGAUCUUACACAAAAGAUGAAGACAUUCAUGUAAUGGAGCUUAAUGAAAUGAGUGAAGAAUGUGGGGAAAAUAAUUUUGAUACACUUGAAGAUGUCUAAUACGUAAAGAUCCAUUUCAACAACACCUGCUGCUUUUAACAAUUGCAGUUCUUCAUUAGAUCUUAAAGGUUUUUAAGCUUGUUUCUUGUGAAAUGAAUCUCACUUAUAUUAAACAAAUGCAUUUUUUGUUCUAGAAAAAGGUCAUUUGUGAUAAACCUCUGUGAAUGGGAGCAUUUUUUCCAUCUCUAGCAGCCAUUGCUGAAGAUGUAUAUUUUGUGUUUUUUAAAGCCCUUUCAGAUUCUGAAAUAGUUAUUUUUCUGUAAAACUACACAGAAUCCCAUUGAACUACAAAGUGUCAUGAAACUAUAGAAUCUCUUUCCAGUCUUCAUUUUUCAUUGAUAGAUUAUUUCCAAACCUCUAUGUUUCAGUCUGAGAAUAUCUUGAAUAAAUUUCAGAUUGAGUAGAUAAUAAAUCCCAAAUAAUUCAUUAGUGCUUGGUUUAUCUAAAAAGCUGAACUUCAUCUGCCUCACUUCAUUUGAUAUAUUAGUAUUCUGAUUUCCUGGUGUUAAAAGCAAUUCUAAAAUAUUCAUCUCUUACAAUGUCCAAAUAUCUGUUCAACUUACUAAAACAGUCAUAUGUAAAAAAAAUCUUUUUCUUUAAUCAGUGUUAAAGCAUCAUAUAGUAACCAUACCAUAUUUUUCUUAAUUCUAAUACAUUAUCCUUGGAAUUUUAUAUCAAUUACUUGCUUGUUAAAAUGUUACAGUUGUUUUUUUUUUUCUCAUUGAUCAGCCAUUAAAAUUUAUCUUCUCAAACAGUUUUGGGCAGAGAAGCAUAGAAAUACCCAAUAGUACUGAAAAACAAAAUCACUGCCUCUUCUUUUAAAUGUUGUCAAGACUACCUCUGGUAUAGUUCUGGUAUUGUCUGUCUAAUAGAGAGAUAUUAGUUUUAAAGCUGAUGUAGUUCCUCUACAUUGGCAUAAUACAGAUUUAUAGUGAACAAAAUAGUGUACUAAUAAACCAAUUGUAUUACUCUUUUUAAAAACUAAGAUUAUCCAUAGAGUGAAGUCUAGUUUUGAAAAAGAUGCAGCUCAGGCCACAGCUUCUAAUUCUCUUUUUUGCUUUGUCAAACCAGUACAAGUGUUUUAUCAGCUAGAAUACAGCCAAUUUUCUCUCUACUGUUUCUUUGGUCAUUGUACGUAUCUUACUCCGUGUAGACAAAUGUAGAAGCUGAUUUCCCAAAUUGAUUACACUUCAACAAUAAUCUGUAAGCAACUACAGUGGACCCUUGUUAUACACUGGGGUUUGGUUCCUGGAUGCAUCGUGGAUAACAGAAUCCGUGGAUGCUCAAGUCCCAUUAAAUAUAAUGACAUAGCAAAAUGGUGUCCCUUAUAAAAAAUGGAAAAUCAAGGUUUGAUAUUUGAAACUUUUUUUGGAACAUUUUCAAACCAUGGAUGCUUGAAUCUAUGUAUAAGAAGGGCCGACUGUAUAUACAUCUAGGGAGACAUAUAGGUGUUGUUUUCCAGACAUUCAUCUCAUGCUUUGCUAUCAAAUGUGGCAUAUUAACUGACAUACAAGGUAUAACCAGUUAGCCACUGAGUCCAACAAUAUUCUGUGCUUAUGAAACCAAAGCCAAAGUAGGCGGAAAGUUAAAGCAAGAAUGCCCCCAGACAAUCAUGCAUUAAGUCUUUUUUUUUUCUUCCUUCCUUUUUUUCCUUUCUUUCUUUCUCUUGGGAUUUCUCUCCUAAUAUGCAUCUUUGAAUGUGAAUCUUUAUUACAUAAUCAGUUGCUUAAGAGCUGGUAAUAUUAUCUAGGUCACUAAAUUGCACAGCUGUAUUAUACCUAGUAAUUAAUGUCAUUUAUUUUCAGCUUGUUCUUGUUAGUUUCUUCUGGUGUCUCCUAAUUUUUAUAUUCUAGGGAAAAUGUAAAUGAUAUUUCAUUGUGCACUUACACUACAUUCUUUUGUUAAAGCAACUUGUGUCAUCUUAAAAGUAGUGAACUGACAUGCAUGUAGGAAUGAAUCCUGAGAUGACUUUUUCCUAAAUGUAUUUUAAAUUCCUAUUGUUAAUUAAAUGAUAUUUGUAUAUAACUUAAGAAUGCCAGUACAUUUGGCAUAUCAUACAUAUUCUGUUGUGCUUAAAAUUAAAAAAAAGUGUUAGUCAGGGUCAGCUUGAGAAAUUAAAUUUUAUCUAAUGACACUUAAAUAUGGCUCUACAAUCACUUAUGCCCAGGCUUUAUAUAUUGUAUUUAAAUCACAUGGAAAAUUCUUAGCACUAAAAAGAAAGGUCAAAGUCUAGGAAGGCAUAUACUGUAUGAUUUGUUCCACAUUUGGCAAGAACUGGUGCCUGGCUUAUGGGAGGUUUUGAGCAUUAUCCGUUUUAUGAGAUGCUACUGAAUAUCUGUUGUUUUGUUCUUAUUUUAAAAAGUCAGAAAUCUCACUAGUAGCUUUCUAAAUUGUGACAAGAUGGUUUAGUAUUUUGAAUAGAGACCUACAGGUGUGUAUUAAUUCUGAUAGACAUCUCCACUGCUGGGUUUGUAUCUGUGUGUGUGUGUUUAAUGAAACUUGAGAGAUAAAGAGAGAAUGUAUUUAAAGCCUUUCAUGGGUGUCUUAAUAUUUUUACAGUGAAUUUUUUUAUUUACAAGGUGAUAUUUAAAAGUUCUUAUGAAUUUUUUAAAUCGCAAGCCUUCUUUUUAGACAGGAUAUUGAAACCAGCUUUCUCCAGAUUUGUUGUGGACUGUUUUAGCUUAAAUAUACUUGGUCAGUAGGAGAAAUCUUGUUGAUACAUUGUUUUUCCAUCAGUAAACAGUGCUUUCUGUAUCUUGUGCAAUACAGUAUAUUGUGGGGUUUUUUUUUUUUUUUUUUGGUCACUUGUAACAAUUUUUAUUAAAUGCUUUCUAGAAAAACUGAAAAUAAAGCAGAGUUAUUUU